CUUCCUAAAGGAUCUAUACAUUGAGAGCGAAGAUCAAUCAAUUCCACCAUGGACGUGGUGACCGGUGCCAUGGGAAGCCUGCUCCCUAAGCUCGGCGAGCUGCUGCUGGGGGAGUACAAGCUGCAGAAGGGUGUCAAGGAAGACGUCGAGUCCCUCGAGAGGGAGAUGAAGAGCAUGAACGCAGCCCUUGUCAAGGUGGCGGAGGUGCCAAGGGACCAGCUGGACAACCAGGUCAUCAUGUGGGCUGAUGAGCUCAGGGAGCUAUCAUAUGACAUGGAGGAUGUUGUUGACAACUUCCUAGUGUGCGUUGAGGGAUCUGAAUCUGAUGUUGUCACCGACUCAAACAAGCUCAAAGUGCUAAUGGCAAAGAUGGCCAACUUGUUCAGCAAAGGCAGGCAAUACAAGAAAUAUGUCAACUUAUGA